GACCAAAGUUAGAACCCACGUGGUUCGUGAGUCAGUAGGCAUGGAAGUUGUCAUCGUGGAGCAGUGCUGAUGUUUUCAAACCGAAAAUGGACAUUUUAAAAGGCCUGCAUGCUUAGCAGAGGGCUUGGCCUAUUUGGGAGAAUAUUUUGAAACGUUAUUCUGUGAUUCAGGCCUAGCUUCAGACGAUGGAGUGGCAGGGAAGUGGAGCGUCCAACAUUAGGUGUCCUGUGGGCGAAAACUGCAGCAGCAAUUCGAAUGAGUUUCAACAUCUUUCGACUUCACAGCUACUGCAUGGGGCCAGUGCGGAGAGCAUGGCGUUGCUGUGCCAGAGGCAGCAGCGGUGUGUGAAGGCCUCCAUCGUGUCCAGCUGGCAGCUGGUGGAGGCGCAGGAUCAGCUGUGUGGCCUGGAGCUCCACGGCUCGGAGUCAGUCGAGCAGGAGCACGCCCGCACCGUUGCCUCCUCCGCCGAGCUCUCCCAGAUCGAGCAGGAGUGGCGUCUGAAGGAGAGCAUGCUGGCAAGCGGGGACCCAAGUCGGAGCCCUGAGCUGUGUUCCGACUCUAGCCGAGACGUUUUUGACAAGAGUAUCAUUAAUGUGCAAAGCAGCAUCAACUACAUGGAUCAAGACAAGAGCAAAACAUUUGUACAGAAGCACGAACCAAUAGUAAAACAUUUUGGCAUGUUGAGGAGAUGGGAUGACAGUCAGCGUUUCCUCUCUGAGCAUCCCCACCUGAUUUGUGAAGCAACAGCCAACUACCUGAUCCUGUGGUGCUUCCGACUGCAAGCAGAGGAGAAGGAGGCGCUGAUGGAGCAGGUGGCCCAUCAGGCCGUUGCUAUGCAGUUUAUUUUGGAGAUGGCCAGCACCUCCCAGCAGGACCCCAGGGGCUGUUUCCGGCAGUUCUUCCAGAAAGCCAAAGUAAGUCAUCACUCCAUGGUAUUAUUUGAUCUGUAUUAGCCAGCAGAGAUCUCCCUUAGUUUAAAACUCUCACAGUUUUUUCAGAGUCCUAAUGCAUACAUUGUGUGAGCUGACAUGAAUUUAUAUAACAUUAAAAGUUAGAAGUUAGUAAACAUAGGUUGAGUGUAAAAAUAAUUGUAGUCCAUAAUUAAAAGCACUGUUUCACUAGUACAGUUGAGACAUUCUUUCAAACAGUAAAAAUACCACCAAAGAAUAUAGAAUCAGAAGAAAAUGGGAUUAAAAUGUUAAAAUUAAACUGGUGAUGGGGAGUACUGUAGUUUGAAUUCUGUCUGAAGAAAGUAAUUAAUAAGACAAUGCAAGCACAAAGCCAGAUAGAGUAACUUCUAACAAAGAAUGCAGUAAUGAGCUCUAGAGCUGUGAAAAAUAACGCGUUAACGCGUU